GGUCUCCCCCCUUCGGCCCCGGCUCUGGGAUAGACGCCCCUAGGCGCGGCUCCGCCCCUCCGGCGCGAAGGCCCCUGCGCCGGCUUAUGAUUGGUGGCGGGGGAGUGCCGCUUCCUUUUCCCGCUCGCUCGCCGGCAGGGAGGCCGCUGCCAUGAACGACACGGUGACCAUCAGGACCAGGAAGUUCAUGACAAACAGGCUGCUUCAGCGUAAGCAGAUGGUGAUUGAUGUUCUUCAUCCUGGGAAGGCCACAGUCCCCAAAACAGAAAUCAGGGAGAAGUUGGCAAAAAUGUACAAGACAACCCCUGAUGUAAUUUUCGUCUUUGGCUUCAGAACUCACUUUGGGGGUGGAAAGACAACAGGUUUUGGCAUGAUCUAUGAUUCCCUGGACUAUGCGAAGAAAAACGAACCAAAGCACAGGCUGGCUAGGCAUGGUCUGUAUGAAAAGAAGAAGACUUCUAGGAAACAGCGAAAGGAGCGCAAGAACAGAAUGAAGAAAGUCAGAGGCACAGCCAAGGCGGUUGUUAGUGCUGGCAAGAAGAAAUGAAGUAUCUAGCAGUAAAUGAAUGUUCUUCAGAUGGCAAAUGGAAGAACCCAAAGUCAAUUAUUCUGGGACAAAAUGUAGAAAGAAUUCUUCUGGGAAGAAGGUGCUAAUCUUGCUUUCAAAUGAAAUAAACUAUGUUAAUAAAGUA